AGGAUUUUUUCUUAAAAAGUUACUAAUUUUGAAGAAAGAUGGAUAGUGGAACUCCUAGAGAAAGGAGCCCUGAAUCUAAAACAAAAUCAAGUGAAGAUAGCCAUAAUGUUGCAACGAGUAAUGAGGCUGAUAUGGCUAUAAGAGAAAAACCUUCUUCAAGUAAAACGUCAUCAAUGUCCACUUCUGGAGAAACAGAUGUGGUAGAUGCAUUAGCAUCUCAACUGCAAAAUAUUAGUCUACCUAACCAAAUAUUAAGUGACCUUUCUAUGGAUGGUAUAGUGGCGUAUAUUAGAAAAAAACCAUGUCGUAACAUUGUCACAAUGGUUGGUGCAGGAAUUUCAACAGCUGCUGGAAUCCCAGAUUUCAGGUCACCUGGAACGGGAAUAUAUCACAAUUUAAAAAAAUACAACCUGCCUUAUCCACAGGCUAUUUUUGAACUUGCCUAUUUCAAAGAGCACCCAGAGCCAUUUUAUGAACUGGCUAGCGAUUUGUUGCCUGGAGAGUAUCGCCCAACUAAAUCUCACUUCUUUAUAAAACUUUUAGAAGAAAAAGGAGUUUUGUUACGCCAUUAUACUCAAAAUAUUGAUAAUCUUGAAAGAUUGGCUGGUAUCAGUGAAGAGAAGCUUAUUGAAGCUCAUGGGACAUUCUAUAAGUCACAUUGCUUAGGUUGCCAGAACCAAUAUGGCUUUGAGUGGCUCAAACGCCAAAUUAAUAGAAAACGGAUUCCCCAUUGCAUUCAUUGUAAUGCCUUAGUCAAACCAGAUAUAAUCUUCUUUGGAGAGAAUCUCCCUAGAAGAUUUUACCAAAAAAUGUAUAGUGACUUUGUCGAAUGUGAUUUAUUAAUCAUAAUGGGAUCAUCGUUAGAAGUUGAACCAUUUGCAUCUCUUGCAUUGAGGCCAAGUAAGAUGUGUCCACGGCUAAUGAUAAACCUAGUCCCUGUUGGUGAUAAUAUUGAAUUUCUAUUCGGUAAAUCCGCUAACGAUAGAGAUGUUCUGUGGAUUGGAGACUGUGAUGCUGGAUGCCAGUUACUGGCAGACAAACUAGGAUGGGGAGAUGAUCUUAUUAAAUUAUUGGCAACAGAUGAGACUACGUACUCCAGUAUGGAAAGAGGAACGGCAGAAACUAGUUGUUAAUGCACUCUGUCUAGUUGGAACUAUG